CGUGUGUAAACGGUCACCGAAUUUUAUGAUAUUUUGCAAAUUUAAAAUUUUGUCUUCGAGUCGUUUCGUUUGAAAUUGUCGGAAUAUUAAAAGUAGGUGGGUUCGAAUUUAAUCGCCGACGAGACGACGUAACGCUCGCCGCUCGACUUUGCUAAUGCUGUAAUAGCUGGCACGUUUGUGUUUUUACCCAAAGUACCUAAAUUGUAUUUCGAUAAAAAUUCAUAAAAAUAUUCCAUCGACGGCAAGGCAAGAUGGAUCGUUCGGAACUAGUGUCCGAAUUCGAAGACAUGGGAUUGUCCAUACCCGAUUCGACCAUUGACGAUUGCAUAAUAGUAUGUAUCACACACAAAAUAACGCCGUCGGAUUUUGUCGGUUCCUGGGUGGCUUAUUGCGCAACGGCUCAAAUAGAUGCCAACGUUUUGGACAAAGACAAGCUCAAUUCUUUGAUCAAAACAUUUAAGAUAGAAGAUGAAUAUAAGAUAACAGAAAAGAAAUACUCUGGAAGAAAUUCCAUUGAUAUAAAACCGGACUUGAAGGAACUGCAGUCUUCGCUCAACAGUUCGGCGUCAACAAAAUUAGAUACACCACGAUGCGAUGGUUAUGCGAGUACACUGUAAUAUUUUAUUCCAAGGAAUAAUCAAAUAACCAGACAAACAGACUGUUUCAUAUUUAAUUGGCC